AUGCUCAAGGCUGGAGGGAGAGCGUUUCGUUGUCCAAGGGCCGGCGAGUGGGAUGGGCGCGUUGGCGAGCAGCGAGGUGCUCGUCGGUCCGGGUUGAGGCACGGGGGGAUCUCAGUCGGUCAUGGCAUGUCCAGGGCCAGUAAGGGGUGGGCCGGGGGGGGCAAUUGCAGCGCGGCUGCGUGCAGCGACAAGAAUCCGAGCGCAAAGCCGGUUGACAACCUGAGCCUGCACCACCGUUCAGGGGCCGAUGCGCUGGCAGCCAGGGGCUGGUCCUCCGUGCUGAUGGGACGAUGUAUCGAGGAUAAUCUACAGUAUGUGCAUGCCCUGGACGCCAUCAAGAGGCCUUUCGGUCCUAUGCUUCCCUUUCUCGCGGACUCCUCGGCGGCUGAGCCUGCAGGACCCUCGGUGGAGCCCGGUGGGGACCACGUCUUCGUGGUCAUGACUGGCAAUGCCGUCAAUGUCGGGCAUUUCUGCCUGCGCCAUGCCGCUUAUCCCACAGAUGGGGGAUUGCUUCUGAUUAUGCGCGUCCGACGUGAUGCAUCGGUCGGGGCCCCAGGCGGCCCAAUCGCCUCAACUGUGCUCUACGAAGUCGAUAGAUCGAUCGGAUAUUCGUCGAUUGACUUUGGUCCUCCGCGGUCCGUCGCGCUCUGUCCAUGUGAACUGGUGUACUUGCCCACGGAAGGUCCAGGAAUGCAUAGAAGAGGGGAAAUCUUUAGUGCUGGCCGUCCAGAGGGCCCGUGUCCUGCGUUGCUUCCCACGAGGUGUCUCUGCCCGACUUUUCGAACAGGGAACCCCUUGCAGAUAGAUCGGAUAGAUGGUGAGGGGACUGGCCGGGAGAAGAUGAGUUCCAUCGCCAUCGUGCGCGCAGGCCACCAGAUCGAUCCCAUAGCGAACCGGGUAGCAUUAACGUCACGGGAAGAAUGGAUCUGGACUUGA